AUGCAAACUAUCAAACCCCUCAAUUCUCCUUCAUUUUCUUGCAAAAUUCUCAUCAACCCUUCUAAAAAAAACACUAUAACUCUUCCAAGAACACGAAUUCCGCCUCUACCAUCACCAUCAUCACCAUCAUCGUCGAAUUCAGACGAAUCGAAAAUAUUUCCACUAAAAAUUGACCCACCCAAAUUAAACCCUUUUCAAAAAAUUGCUUCCAAUGCUUUGGACAUGCUAGAAAAAUUAGUUAUAACAAAGUUGGAAAAAAAACAUAAGCUGAACCGGACGGUUGACCCGAAAAUUCAACUAGAAGGGAAUUUUGCACCGGUUCAUGAAUCCCCGGUUCAGCAAGGUCUUGAAGUAAUUGGUCAGAUUCCGUUAAAUUUAACCGGGGUCUACGUUAGAAACGGCGCGAACCCGUUAUUCGAACCAAAUAACGGACAUCAUUUAUUUGACGGUGACGGUAUGAUUCACGCCGUUAAAUUAGAUUCGGAAAAUAAUAAAGCUAGUUACGCUUGCCGGUUCACUCGAACCAGCCGGUUGGUUCAAGAGUCUUCAAUAGGCCGGCCGGUUUUUCCUAAGCCAAUUGGCGAAUUACACGGCCAUUUAGGGUUAGCUCGGCUCGCGCUAUUUUUAGCGCGAGUGAGUUUAGGGUUAGUGGAUGCUACUAAAGGAACUGGCGUUGCAAACGCCGGUUUGGUUUAUUUUAACGGUCGACUUUUAGCUAUGGCGGAGGAUGAUCUACCGUACAACGUUAUUAUUAAGGAGGAUGGUGAUCUAGAGUCUAACGGACGUUACAAUUUUAACGGACAAAUUAAUGAUCCAUUGAUAGCACAUCCUAAAGUGGACCCCAUUACAGGGGAAUUUUAUACUUUGAGUUAUAAUGUAUUAAAAAAACCUUAUCUUAAAUUCUUCAAAUUUGACUCGUGUGGUAAUAAGUCACGUGACAUUUCUAUUUCUCUCCAAAAUCCAUCCAUGAUCCAUGACUUUGCCAUCACGGAAAGUCACGUGAUCAUUCCGGAUUAUCAAGUGGUAUUCAAGUUAUCCGAGAUGAUACGGGGCGGGUCACCCGUAAUCCAUGACCCGAAUAAGGUAUCUAGGUUCGGUGUGUUGUCGAAAGACGAUUAUGACGAAUCAAGAAUCAAGUGGAUUGAUGUUCCUAAUUGCUUUUGCAUGCAUUUGUGGAAUGCGUGGGAGGAGAAUCAUGAAGAAUCAGGUGACAAGAUCAUUGUGAUUAUAGGUUCAUGCAUGAGUCCACCUGACUCGAUCUUUUCAGGAAGUGAUAAGCUUUUAAAAACUGAACUGACUGUAAUUCGAUUAAAUUUGAGAACAAGAAAAUCAACCAGAAAGAUUAUAGUAUCAGGGAUGGAUUUAGAAGCGGGACAAGUCAACAAGACUAGACUUGGUCAAAAAACUCGGUAUUUCUUCAUGGCUAUAGCCGAACCAUGGCCAAAGUGUAGUGGCCUAGCGAAAGUCGAUUUGGUCACGGGAAAUGUCACGAAAUUUUUAUACGGGGAUGACAGAUUUGGGGGUGAACCUUAUUUCGUACCAAGCACGAAAGAAGGAGAAGCAGAAGGAGAAGAAGAUGAAGGGUACCUUAUGAGUUAUGUUAGAGAUGAAAGAAAAGAAAAAUCGGAAUUAAUUAUAGUUAAUGCUAAAAAUAUGAAGCAAAUGGCCUUAGUAAAAUUACCUAAAAGAGUACCAUAUGGCUUUCAUGGUACAUUUGUUAGUUCACAAGAUUUAUGUAAUCAAUCUUAUUGUUAAUACAA